AUUGAACAGAAAUUCCUUAUCGAUGUAGUGGAUGAGUUUAAGGGUGUAUUGGAGUCGAAACAAAAUGAUGUUCGGUCCAUACAAAGGAAGGAAAAGGCGUGGAGAGAAAUAGAGGCGAAUUUUUGUUCCAUGCCCACUUUCUUUAAACGAGAUCACAAGCAGUUAAAGAAAUGCUGGAAUAAUUUAAAAAUGAAGGCAAAAAAAUCUGUAGCGGUGGAAAAAAAAGAUAGAAAGAAAACUGGUGGUGGUAUAGUGGAGACAAUGGAUUCUAGUAAUUCAAAUCAGAAGAUAUGUGCUAUGGUACCGGCACAAAUGCAACCUCUGCAGAAUGAUUUUGAUAACGAUAUGGAAUUCCAUCAAGAUAGCUUCACUUUGGCUCAACCGACGUCAGGUUAG